UUCGGUGUGUUUUGACAGUGGAAAGGAGAAAUUUUUUUCAUUUUUAUAAUUUCUUCCUAGUUUUUUAAGUAUGAAAAUGUAGCAAUAAUUUCCUUCAAUCGUACAACUCAAUAAGUGUUUAGAAUUCAAUGUCGAUUCUUAUUGAUGAAAUAUAUCAAAAGUGAAACAAUCAAUCAUGUUUUUUUGUAAAAUAAGCGAAAAUACAAGAAAAAUCGAUCAAGGCACAAGGCAUAUAAUAUAAAAAGAGGACUUUAGUCAAAACGAGAGAAAAAAAAAUAAUUUUUUUGUGAUAUUUAAUUAUUAAUGUGUUGUUUCGCGGGUGCGAUAAUUCAAUUAGAAUAAUUUUAUUUUCCUACGCAAAAAAGAAAAAAAAGGAAAAAGUUUGAGAAUAAAAUGGAAUUAAAGUCGUCAUGAGAUGAGGACCCCAAACUUGAAUAUUUUGAUGUCCUUGAAAUAAAAGCACUUUUUUAUUUUGUUUCGAGAGGAUUAGUUUCAAUUUCCACCACAAACAGAAUAAAUCUCUUCAACUUCUAGUGGAUUUUCUAGAAUAAAAAUAAAUAAAGCCAUGGGAAAUGGGAUGAAUAAGGUGUUUCCAGGUAUAUAUAUUGGAAACUACAGGGAUUCAAAGGAUUUAAAUCAAUUAGAAAUGCACAAAAUAACUCAUAUACUAGCAGUUCAUGAUAAUCCAAAGCAUUUAUUUCCCGAGAAGCAUUAUUUGUGUGUUAUGGCUGCUGAUAAUCCUGAUCAAGAUCUAUCGCAAUUCUUUUCGGUGUGUAAUGACUUCAUUCAUGGUGCACGAUUACGACAGGAUUGUAAUGUGCUCAUACAUUGCUUAGCCGGCAUGUCGAGGAGUGUGACGAUAUGUGUCGCGUAUAUCAUGAGUGUUUCCCAUUUGUGUUGGCGUGAUGCAUUGCGGGUUGUCCGUGUUGGUCGUAAAAUUGCCAAUCCUAAUUCUGGAUUUCAACUACAACUACAGGAUUUUGAGCACAAUCGGGUGGAUGAUGAGAGGAGGAGGAUGAAGGAACGAUAUCCUAGUUUGGCAAUACGUGAAAAUGAUCAGGUGUAUAUAGAGAGAGCUUUAGUCCACUUUGAUGCAUUAAUAACUUCUCGUGAUUUGUGUCAUUUUAAUUGUAAGCGAAAUGAGAACUGUCCAACAGGCGUCUGUCGCAUGAAUCAUGAUGCAAAAUAUACAGGCGGCAUCUUUCGUCGUCGACCAUCAACAGCUUCCACAUCUAGUCGUUUAAGUGUUCAAUCUAGUCGGUCCACGGGCUCAACUUCAUGUCCCACAUCACCCCGACAUUCUAAAUAUUUACCUGCAACUCCAUCAUCAGCUAGUCUUCAUUCAGCACUCAAUUCAUCCUCAUCAAAUAUGAAUAAUGAAUCUAGCCGACUUUAUCGUAGUUCCAGUAGCUAUAGUAACACAUAUAAACAACAGCGUAGCGGUUAUAAUUCGUAUACAGGUUCACCUUCAGCACCCACCUCAGCACAUAGUUCGCGUGUUGAUUUAAAUAACAUUGGAAGACCAUCGACCGGAUCUGUUAUAUAUUUAGGUAAAUCUAGUGGAUCAAGUGGAUCGAGGUUGUCACUAGUGGCACGUUCAUCAUCACUCAAUUCUCCAACUUCGUCACCGAAGCAUCGAGCGCGUCAGUAGCAGUUGGAGAUGUUUUGGUAAUUUUUAAUUGGUAAAGAGUUAUUGACUUAUUGGAUAUGAUCUGGUAUUAUAUUCAUGGCCUAGUCUUAAAUGACUGCUCUAAAAUUUAUGAAUUUUGUGAUUUUUGAGAAGUUUUGUUGGAUUUUUUUUACAAAGUCUUUGACUCAACAGCACACAAAAUACCACCAAAAUGAAUUGCCACUUUUUAAUCCCAUAAUAUCCUCAAUCACCCCAUAGUAUUCCUUAAUAAUCCACUUAGUAAUCCAAUAUUUUAUAGAAAUCGCAUUGAAAUUGAAUAAUGUCAAUUUAAUUAAUGAAGCUUGUUAAACUCAGGAACAAAUUAAUAGAACAAAAGAAUGUUAAAUGCCAAAAGCAUUUUGUUGAGUCAAAGACUUCAUUGUUUUUAAAAAUCUGUCAAGGAUACGAAACUUUGAUGCAUUUAAAUAACCUCCAAACCUUGAAAUUGGCUGACUAUAUUGCAGCGUUUAUCUCUGAUUUGGUUCUUAAUCUCAAAAAAUCCUACCCGAAAGGCACUUGGUGUAAAAAUUGCCGAAAAUGUGGCACCACGACGUCAUAAACAUGAAUAAUCAUUCGAUCGAAGUCUUGAUUGCCGAUCAUGAUCGAUAACUGAUCUUUCGACCGUCGAUCAUUUAGAUCACUUUUAAAAAUUUUGGUCGACUCGUUUCGUUCGAUCAUUGGUCGAUUUUGCUCGAUUUUUAGCGACCACGAUCAAUGAUCGAUCGUUGACGGUUCAUGAUAGUGAAAUGUGUGCUUUUUUGGCUAGUUCUAAUCUUGAUAAUUCAUGUAUUGUCAUGCAUAGAAUAGCUCUUU